GAGAGGGGGAAGGGGUUGCAUUCAGAAGCCCAAAAUACGAAGCCAGAAGCGCUAUGGCACGACAGCAUGCCCGGACUCUGUGGUAUGACCGUCCCAAGUUCGUGUUCAUGGAGUUUUGUGUAGAGGACAGCACUGACGUCCAGGUGCUUCUUGAGGACCACCGGAUUGUUUUCAGCUGCAAGAAUGCAGACGGUGUGGAGAUGUACAAUGAGAUUGAGUUUUAUGCCAAGGUGAACUCCAAGGAUUCUCAGGAUAAACGUUCAAGCCGCUCGAUCACUUGCUUUGUAAGAAAAUGGAAGGAGAAGGUAGCCUGGCCUCGGCUCACCAAGGAAGACAUAAAGCCAGUGUGGCUAUCGGUGGACUUUGAUAACUGGAGAGACUGGGAAGGGGAUGAAGAAGUGGAGCUAGCUCAGGUGGAACAUUAUGCAGAGCUCUUAAAGAAAGCAAGUGCAAAGGGACCUCCCCCUGCCAUGGAUGACCUGGAUGAUGAGUCCAGUGGUGAAGAUAUGACAGGAACUUAAGCAACAUUACAGAAGAAAAUGAACAUGCUAUCUUCAUCCUUCCAUAUUUCUUUCCUGCCUUUGUAAAUCUAUGUACAUUUCUGAAGAGUUCUUUCGUGUAUUAUUUUUUAACUUAACAUGAUUUCGAAUAAACCAUUUACAUGUUUCAAUAUACUA